AAUUGUCUCUCAACUCUUGCUUAAAUCUCUUUAUCUCUCCUACUUCAGUUCCAGUAUUUAUGUUAUGUCAGUUACGAAUUGCUAUGCAUUUUAUUUUGAUAUUUGAACGUGAUUAAGAGAUUUUAAAUAAGUUUUUAAAUUUUACAGUUAGUUUACUUUUAGUUUAAUGCCUAAGACACCGGUUACGAAUACUUAAACAUAAGCAUGACGUACGUUGAAGAGGGAGUUGUUAAAGAUAUGUCUUCAUCAGCGUUUUUAGCAAGUGUAAUACUUGACAUUUUAUCCAGCCCACUUAAUUUAGCUCUUCUAGCUGUAUGUGUGUUUCUGCUGUACAAAAUAUUUUCAGGGGCAAAGGCAGAUGAUAAUCCUUCUCCACCUUCUCCUCAACUUCCUCCUAUGAAGCGGAGAGAUAUGACAUAUGAAGAACUGAAAAAAUAUGAUGGUCACAAUGAAGAAGGAAGAGUUUGUGUUGCUGUAAAUGGAAAAAUUUUUGAUGUUACCAAAGGCAAAAGAUUUUAUGGCCCAGGUGGUCCUUAUGCAUCUUUUGCUGGAAGGGAUGCUACUCGUGGCUUAGCAACAUUUUCUGUUGUAUCUGGAGAUGGUUAUGAUGAUUUAUCAGACCUCAAUUCUAUGCAGAUGGAAAGUGUCAGAGAAUGGGAAAUUCAGUUUACAGAAAAGUAUCAGUAUGUUGGUCGCCUUUUAAAACCCGGUGAAGAGCCUACUGAUUAUUCUGAUGAAGAAGAUACAAGUCAAGACCAAAACUCUCAAGAUCCUCAGUCAAAUACAUUGUCUUCCAAAAAAGAUGAAUAACUUUUUGAAUUGACUGUUGUAAAUUUCCUUGCCAUGCUCACAAUUAUGUGAAUAAGCAGUUGAUUUAUAAUUUCGUAAGGUUGUACAAUCAGGUUAUUGGAAGAGCAUGGUCUUUAAUUGCAGCUACGAAAGUUCUGUAUUUCUUUUUUGUUGUGAAAUUUUUGUAAUUGUGUUUUUAUACGGUAAAUUUUUGCAUUUAAUUUUGUAUAAAUUGGUUUGGCAUGUAAAAAUACUUUUGUAAACAAGGACCAUACCUGGUAUGUUUUUCCAAAGUUUUAUUUUUUAUGUCUCAAUUCCCUUAUAGUCAUGCCUGUGGCAUUACAGAAAAAGGCCAUAUGUCCAUAAGAGAUAAAUUAUUUUUGAUUUUAGAAAAUGAAAAAUUUUAGAUUUUUAAUAAAUUAAUGAGCAUUCCCUGUUUCUUUCAGUUUUUUAAAAAUAAAUGCAGUUAUGUGUGUGUGACGAAAGUGUUUAAAUAUGUUAAUCAGUUCUAAAAAUUUUCCAGUUCUAAUACUUUAAAAUUCUCAUAUGUAAAUUAUCCCCCUCCCAAAUUCCAAAACUUAAUAGAUUCUUGUGAUUUAGGGAUGUCAAGAUUAAUCUUAUGAUUUUUUUCUUGAUGGAAUUUUCCAUCAAUUGCAAUUUUUUUGACAUGUUAUGCAUUGUAACAAAUAAGUAUUUUGAGAACAUAAACAACAAAUCUUUCAAAA